AUGGCAUCCUAUCAAUUAUCAAUUGACAAACUUUUACGUUUAGCUUUCGUUGCACUUAUUAUCUUGAUUAUAUACCUGUUUGCUAAUGAUUUUAAUAAAUUGAAUUUGGAAAAGAAUCAAGAAAAAUUGAUUCCAUUUCCAGAUUUUCCAAUCAAAAAGAUAGAUGCCGGUCAGGGAGAAGACAUUUGGAUUUUAACUGAUACAAAUAAACUAUAUCAUUGGAGUACGAUCUUACAUCGUUUUCUAGAAAAGCAAGAAAAUGUUAUAGAUUUUGCUGUCGGUAAAGAUGGAACGGUCGUUUGUGUUUUUAGUAAUAAUGAAAUUGCUGUUAGAAAUUUAAAUACAAAUUGGUGGUAUAGAAUAGAUGAUGGAAAACACACGCAUCAAACCAUUUCGAUCUGUGAUUACAAUAAAAUAUUGACAACGAAUGGAAAUAACGAUAUAAUUGCUGGCAUUUAUGAUGCUUCUAAUCCCGAAAAUAUUGACACAUACAAUUGGACAAUUCUUUCUUGUGCCUUUCGUGAUGAUUCUUUAUGGAUUAGAGGUAGUUAUCAAUAUGCUUAUCGAUACAUAAAUAAACAUAAACACAUUCCUAGAUCAGAAGUUCCAUUUAAACAAAUUAAAGCUCUAACUGAACAACGUGCAAUUGGAAUUGACUACGAUAAUAGAUUAUGGGAAUAUGAUCGCGGGAUUUGGACUUGGAUAAGAAAUGACGUUAUAAGUGCAUCAAUUAAUUAUGAUGACGUUUUUUCUUUUCAAAAUAAUCACUUAUCUCCAUUCUCGACAUCUAGAAUAUUAUCGCGUCAUGCGAGUAAAUCUUCUAAUAAUUAUUCUCCAAAUUCACCACUAAUUAACCUUUUAGCACCGCAGAAACAUAAUAUAAUAAAUAAUUUAUCCAAAGUUAUACACAAUACAUUUUUGGAACAGAGAGAACACAGAGAGCUUAGAGAACGACAGUCAUUAAAAGGAAGUUUAUUAUUUGAAGAAGCGUUAGGACUUAAACUAAACUGGAAUAAAGAUUUAUUGUCUGAUUUAUUACUUCGAUUUAAAACUUCACAUGAAAUUAAGAAAAAAUCUUUAGAGUUGGGGUUGCCACCUCAUAAGUUUAAAAAAGUAAUCAAACAAUUUGCUGACGAAGUUUGGAAUAACAAACUUCAAAGGUGUAAGACUGAAGAUUUACGUGCUGCUUAUGACGCUAAUGGGAAAGAGGGUGUUAAAAAAGCUUUAACAAGUGUAUUUUUAGAGUAUAUACCAGAAUAUUUGGAAGAGCAGGAUAAAGAAAAAUAUCAUUCAUUGAAACAAUUAAGUGAUUUGAGUUUUCCUGCAGAAUGGCAUCCGGCCGCAAGAACUAUGCAACGUAAAAUCAUUAUGCAUGUUGGUCCUACAAAUUCAGGGAAAACCUAUAACGCAUUGAAAUGUUUAGAAAAGGCUGAAUCGGGCAUAUAUUGUGGACCCCUAAGAUUACUUGCUCAUGAAAUCUUUGAUAGAAUGAAUAGCAAAAGUAUCCCAUGUAACCUUGUAACGGGAGAGGAAAGGAGGGAAUUAAAAGGAUGUGAUGUUCGGUUAACCUCUUCAACUAUAGAGAUGGCCAAUUUAAAUAAUCAAUUAGAUGUAGCCGUGAUUGAUGAGAUUCAAAUGAUUUCUGAUCAGCAAAGAGGUUGGGCGUGGACUCAAGCAUUAUUAGGUUUACAAGCAAAAGAAAUUCAUUUAUGUGGAGAGGCUUCAGCUGUCAAAUUAGUGAAAUCAGUAUGUGCUAGUUUAAAUGAAGAUGUUGAGGUAAGAGAGUAUCGUAGACUUUCGAAACUUGUUGUGGCCGACGAAAGCCUUAACGGCGAUCUAGGGAAAAUUCAAAAAGGAGAUUGUGUGGUGACAUUUUCUAGAAAGGCCAUUUUUGGUCUUAAAAACGAAAUUGAACAAGUUACAGGUCUUCGAUGUGCUGUCGUUUACGGAGCUUUACCUCCAGAAACUAGAGCCAUGCAAGCUAAACUGUUCAAUGAUCCUAAUAGUGGAUAUGAUGUUUUGAUUGCUAGUGAUGCGGUUGGAAUGGGCUUAAAUCUUAAUAUCCGUCGAAUUAUCUUUGAGACUGUAAAGAAAUUUGAUGGCAAGGAAAUCAGAUAUAUUUCGAUUCCACAAAUUAAACAAAUCGCCGGACGAGCUGGGCGAUAUGGUUUUGAUAAUCCAAUCGGUGAAGUUACUGCAUUGGAACCCCAAGACAUGAGAUAUGUACAAAAAGCCAUGCAAACACCUUCUAUUGAAUUAGAGGUUGCUGGAUUACAGCCUACUAUGGAGAUGGUUGAACAAUUUGCUCAUCAACUAUCUGGUAUCGAACAAUUUGAAAAACUCUUGGAAAAAUUUGAAGAUUUAGCUCGAGUUGAUGGUCAAUUCUUCUUGUGUAAUUUCGAUUCUCAAAAAAUAAUCGCCAAGUCGAUUGAACAUGUUGAUUUGACUAUACCAGAACGUUUCAUUUUUGCAACGUCGCCUAUAAAUUCAUCAGAUCCAAAACUCAUGCUAGUUAUUAAAAAGCUCGCGAAAUAUCAUAGUGACCACAUACCCGUCUCACUUGGUUCAAUCUUGCAUCUUGAUGCCAAAGUACCACGGGACAUACAAUCUUUAUCUUACAUUGAAUCGAAACAUCGUGUCAUCAUGUUAUAUUUAUGGCUAAGUUAUCGAUUUCCCGAAACAUUCUUGAAUAUCGAAGAAGCACUUGAAAUGAAAACAAGAUGUGAAGCGUUAAUUCAUGAAUCAUUACAAUCAUUGAAAUUCUCAAGAAAUCGACAUCGCAUAACAAAAUCAGAUGUUAAAAAGAUGAGUAAGACAUUUAAUCAAUCUCAAGAACGACAGUUAGCUCGAGAACAUAAAUCUAAAUAUCCUAAAAGGAUAAGAAAUUACGAAAAGAGGACGGAAGAAAAGUUAAGAAAGAAUGACGAUAAGUUGCAAAAAGUUACUGCCUAA